GGGGGGGGGGGAAGAAACCCUCCCGUCGGACGUCCCACGCACCGUUGACUAGAACGCGAGGGAACUUCGUCAGACCAACUUACCUGUCAUCCUUCCUUCGCCGUGACCCCGCCCCCUCCUGGUUGCCAUGGCAGACACCACCCGCUGCUUCUACUGUCGCGAGGACAUGGGCGGUAAGCGCUUUGUGCGGAACGAGGGCCGCGCCGUGUGCAUCCGCUGCCACUCAGAGUUCUGCGCCAGCAGCUGCGUCGCGUGCCGCAAACCCAUCGCAGUCGACUCAAAGGAGCUCAGCCACAAGGGGCGCUCCUGGCACGAGAGCUGCUUCCGCUGCGCCUCCUGCUACAAGCCGCUCGCCAAGGAGCCCUUCAACACUAAGGACCAGCGCAUCCUGUGUGGGAAGUGCAACUCCACAGAGGACGCACCCCGCUGCCACGGCUGCUACAAGGCCAUCACCGCCGGCACAGAGAGCGUGGAGUACAAAGGCAACUCCUGGCACAACGAGUGCUUCACCUGCUACCAGUGUAAACGCCCAAUCGGAUCGCAGAGUUUCCUCACCAAAGGAAGUGAUGUGUACUGCACCCCGUGCCACGAAAAGAAGUUCGCUAAGCAGUGUGUCGCCUGCAAACAGCCCAUCACCUCAGCAGGAAUAACCUACAAGGAGGAGCCCUGGCACAGCCACUGCUUUGUGUGCAGCGCCUGCUCCAAGACUCUGGCCGGCACUAGCUUCUACCCGCACGAGGGGAAGAACUUCUGUCUGGGCUGCUUCAAGUCAUCUGUGGCCCAGAAGUGUGCUGGCUGCCACAACCCCAUCACAGGGUUGGGUAAGGCGGUGAAUGUGGUGAAGUAUGAUGGCUGCUCCUGGCACGACUUCUGCUUCACCUGCAAGAGGUGCUCCAUUGGCCUCGCCGACAAGUCCUUCGUGCCCCAGGGGAAGGACAUGCUCUGUGCCGACUGCGCCAACAAGUGAACCCUGCAGACACAUCCAGUGGGGCUCUACUCUAACAUCUAGUGGGGCUCUACUGUUACAUCUAGUGGGGCUCUACUCUAACAUCUAGUGGGGCUCUACUGUUACAUCUAGUGGGGCUCUACUUUAACAACUAGUGGGGCUCUACUUUAACAUCUAGUUGGGCUCUACUUUAACAACUAGUGGGGCUCUACUUUAACAUCUAGUUGGGCUCUACUUUAACAACUAGUGGGGCUCUACUCUAACAUCUAGUGGGGCUCUACUUUAACAACUAGUGGGGCUCUACUUUAACAACUAGUGGGGCUCUACUCUAACAUCUAGUGGGGCUCUACUUUCUCACAUGAGCUGAUUUGAAUGGUUGUAUUUUCAACAUUUGCUAUCUAAUAGCUGAAUCAAAUGAAAUUAUGGAUUGGCAUGUUUUUAUAUAUUAUGUAUUGCAGACUAUAUGUUUAUAUAUCAUUACUGUGACCCUUAAAUGAAUCUUUCUGCAUUUUCACAAUGUAGGAUCAAUGCUUGCUGCAAUUUCUUAGCACUUUGCGUCACUCUUGAUUUUGAAUUGCUAAACAGGGAAUAACUAAAUUUCCAAGACGAUGCUUUGAUAAAAAGAAAUGAUCUAUUUUUUCAAUUAUCUUUUAAAUGAAAAUAAAAUGUGUCACUUA